AUGCCUUCCACCGUUCUUGGGAAGCGAGCUCGCAGCGCCCGCCGUGCAGUAGCAUCAGAUGUAAACCCCCGCAUCUCAACGCGCGCGACACGGCAAACGGCAUUUGUAAUACUCGACGAAGCAGAAAAAGAGAACCCGUUCCUCACGCCAAAGAAGCAGAAUGGGGGCAUUCAAGAUGCAAUGGGCGUGGAGAUGGGCGAGGAUGUCGAGGAGGAACCAUGCACAAAACGUGGGAGGAAGACUCGUGCAACACCUGCCAAAACUGCUGUAUCGCGACUGCCACUGUCAGCUGCGGAAGAGAACUCGCCCGCGAAAGCACCUGCUCGAGUCUCAGAGAAGAUCUCUUGCACGCCGUCCACUCCUCGGCACCGCGACGCACUUUCCAACAAGGUCGUAGUCACGCCGUCACGACGGCUUAUCAUCGCUGGCCGACCAUUGACUCCCCGUACGCCACACACAACCGGCUCGCCUCGAAGCACAGUGCCGACAGUCUACAAUGAAGCUCGCCAAGUAUUCGCACGCGGAUCGGCACCCACGAUUUUAUUCGGGCGCGAUGCAGAAAGGACCGAGCUGCAAAGCUUCAUCUCCGCGCGGAGCAAGAACAGGAAGUCCGGAUGCAUCUACGUCUCUGGACCGCCAGGUACCGGCAAGAGCGCAUUCGUUGGCGAUGUGUGUCGAACAGUUGCCGUAAACGCGUCUGUCAAGACGGGAUACAUCAACUGCAUGAGCGUCAAGAGCGCCGUGGAUCUUUAUAGGGCCUUACUCGAGGAAUUCGUGGACAUCACCGAGAUCACUGAAGGCAAAGAGAUGGAGGAGCUGAGGAGGCUUUUCGUGGAGCGCAAAACAUCUUACGUGGUUACAUUGGACGAAGUCGAUCACCUGCUGGAGCUGGACGUCGACUUAUUGUACAACAUCUUCGAGUGGUCUCUGCUGAAGUCUUCCAGCCUGGUUCUGAUCGGCAUCGCAAACGCACUCGAUUUCACAGACCGAUUCUUGCCCAGGCUCAAGGCUCGCGGUCUGAAGCCGCACCUCCUACCUUUCCUCCCCUACACCGCACAACAAAUCUCUUCGGUCAUCGCCUCGAAAUUAAAGGUCUUGCAACCAUCUGGUUCUGAUCAGUUGCCCUUCAUCCAUCCGGCCGCCAUCACGUUCCUUUCGAAAAAGGUCGCUGCACAAUCUGGCGAUUUGCGAAAAGCUCUGGAUAUUUGUCGAAGGGCUAUUGACUUGAUCGAGGCCGACACUCGGAACCAACAUGCCGUCAAGGUUUCGGAUAUCACACCGUCUCCGACACCAUCCCCCUCAAAGACUCCGUUAGUCGAGAAGAUCAACCUCUCAUCACCGAUCGCUGUCAGGUCUCCCUCCGAACCCAGAUCACAAAACGCUCUCACAGCCUCUCUGGCUCAGCUUACCGCGGACAACGCUCCUCGAGCUACGAUCGCACAUAUGGCUAAGAUUACUGCAGCAGUCUUCAGCAACGGCACCACUCAACGCCUACAGAAUCUCAACCUCCAACAGAAAGCAGUCCUCUGCUCACUCUCAGCAAUAGAGAGAAAGAAGCGCGCAUCAGCAGCCGACCACGUCCUGUCCACGCCAUCAAGAUCACACAACACCGCCCCGACGAUCAAGGAGCUUUUCGAAGCCUACAAUGCACUCUGCAAGCGCGAGAAUGUGCUUCACCCGCUCAGCAGCACUGAAUUUCGCGAUAUUGUGGGCAGUCUGGAGACUCUGUCGCUGAUAUCGGCCGUUGAAGGCAAGGCAGGAUCGCUGGUUGCGGAUGCUGGUACACCAAGCAGGAGAGGGAGGAAGACGAGUGGAUUUCCCGGUGUGGUCGUGGAAGAUCGGAGGGUUGCGAGUGCGGUAGGCAUUGCGGAACUGGAGAAAGCUCUCACCGGUGCUGGCAGCAGUAUCUUGAAAGGGAUUCUGUACGAUGAAUGA